UGGAGAUCCCUGUGUUCGGGUGGUAUAAAAGAUGAGGAUUGGUAUUUUUGGUCAGUGUCUCUCUGAACGGCAGUCAGUUAAAAACCGACAAUCAAAAUGGAUGACGAUCAGAAAAUGGAAAUCAUCCGGAAGGCUUUCCAGAUGUUCGAUACCACCAAGAGUGGCUUUAUCGAUACACUCAAGAUUUCCACAAUCCUGACGUCCAUGGGUCAGCCCUAUGACAAGACGGAAUUGCAGACACUCAUUGCUGAUAAUGACCCUGAACAAACCGGAAAGGUGAACAUUGAUGGAUUCUCGCGAAUUGCUGGGCAUUUCCUGGAAGAGGAAGAUGCUGAAGCUAUGCAACAGGAGCUGAAGGAAGCCUUCAGGUUGUACGAUCGCGAAGGCAAUGGCUACAUCACUACCAGUACCCUGAAAGAAAUCCUUGCAGCUCUAGAUGACAAACUCUCCAACGCGGAUCUCGAUGGGAUUAUCGCGGAAAUUGACACAGAUGGUUCUGGAACUGUUGAUUUCGAUGAAUUUAUGGAGAUGAUGACUGGAGACUAAAUUGAAUAAUGUACCAACGCAAGAGCAUUUUCAGGUGUAUUAUCAAAUGAAAUUUAUAAUUUCACAUCUAAUUAAUUUACUGUAAAUAAAGUGGUUUUCCAACCUUCUUCACUUA